UACUUUCGAAACUUGUCAAUAGAUGGUACCCAAUUUUUUCUUUAGCAGCUGUCUCUAUAUCUCAAGAUGGCUGCUCAGUUCAUAAGGAGAGUGGUGUCAAAUGGUGCCCCAUUGGCUCGCUAUUAUAGCAGCGAAGUACGGAAAGUAACGAUCAUACCUGGUGAUGGUAUCGGACCCGAAAUUUCUGCUGCUGUACAGAAAAUCUUUUCUGCUGCUAAUGUGCCUAUUGAGUGGGAGUCCGUGGAUGUCACUCCUGUACGAGGGCCUGAUGGCAGGUUUGGCAUCCCUCAGGCAGCAAUUGAUUCUGUGAACAAAAACAAAGUGGGUUUGAAAGGUCCUCUUAUGACACCAGUUGGUAAGGGCCAUCGCUCAUUGAAUUUAGCAUUAAGAAAAGAAUUCAAUCUGUAUGCAAAUGUACGACCUUGUCGAUCUUUAGAAGGAUAUGAGACCCUCUAUGAUAAUGUUGAUGUUGUGACCAUCCGUGAGAACACUGAGGGUGAAUACUCUGGCAUUGAACACGAAAUUGUGGAUGGAGUGGUCCAAAGUAUCAAGCUGAUCACAGAAGAGGCAUCCAGAAGGGUUGCUGAGUUUGCGUUCACGUAUACAAAAACGAAUGGACGCCAAAAAGUUACAGCUGUACACAAAGCUAAUAUUAUGAGAAUGUCUGAUGGCCUUUUUCUUCAUUGUUGCCGGGAAGCAGCAGAGAAGUUUCCUGAUGUGAAAUUUGAAGAGAAAUAUUUGGACACAGUGUGUCUUAAUAUGGUACAGGAUCCAACACAGUAUGAUGUGCUAGUCAUGCCAAAUCUGUAUGGAGACAUUUUAUCUGAUAUGUGUGCUGGUCUGGUUGGUGGACUGGGCCUGACGCCUAGUGGUAAUAUUGGCCUCAAUGGAGCUUUGUUUGAAUCAGUGCAUGGUACAGCUCCUGAUAUAGCAGGUCAAGAUAAAGCAAACCCAACUGCACUGCUCUUGUCUGGAGUCAUGAUGCUGAGGUAUAUGAAACUCAGUGACCAUGCAGACCGUAUUGAAAAAGCAUGUUUUGAUACAAUCAAAGAUGCUAAGUACCGUACAGGGGAUCUUGGGGGAUCUGCAAAAUGCUCUGAAUUUACGGACGAAAUAUGCCGAAAAGUGCAGAGUGGUUAGAUUAUUGUUUUUAUGACAAGUAGUUCUGUAGUGCGGUGCUUGAAGCCUCUCUAUGGCUCACUGGGAAAUGGAAAGGAAGAAAAGGACAAAUGUCAGUAAAUCGUUGAGUUCUCAUAAUGUUUCUUGCAAGGCCACAGCGAUAGGGGUACGACUGAAUAAUGUACAAGUUGGCAGCGACUGCAUAUAAGAGACCGAAUCUCAUUUCUGCAGAUUUAAAAAUGCAUUAUAUGUAAAUUAUAUCAGAAUUGAAGGUUCCAGUGCAAAAGUUUUAUAUUUCCAGACUUUUGGAAAACAAAAAGUGUGUAGGAUUUGACAUCACAGUGGUCAUUAUGAAGAGUUUGUCUUCUGGGACUUAAUGCCAUAUAUUCCAUUGAAAGUUAACUGAUGUUUCAGAGGAACCUGUCACCUCCAUCUUCAGGGUUGAAGAGUGGGCUUGCUACAUGCUUCAUGC